CCCUGUGCACGACGCUUGUUGACGUCUGGUAUCGACGAUAGUCAGGGAGGAUAAAUCUCGGUCGUUGAAGCUCACAUACGAUUGGCUCCUGAACCAUACGAUGUUCAGGAACUAUCUCCCUGCUACCCAUGUUGAUCGGGCUGUGAUGGGUGGUGCGGAGAAGUUGUGUGGCCAGUUCUGGGAUGGCGGUGUUGAACAUCAGCAUAUGCUUGUCGAUCCUUCUGAAGAGCCCGAUAUAUCCGGCACGUCGUUGAACACGCCAGCUCCCAUACCCAAUGUCGUUGCGCCAAUUGCACAAGAUCCCUUUUCGUGCCUCCCAGCCGAAAUCCUUCGUCACAUCGCUUUCUUCGCCGUCGACGACCCGUUUACUUCACACGAAAUUGCCUCCGGUACCCAGACACAGGAGUCCCCCUCCACGGCCUUCGGUUCAUCUCCCGUGGCUGCUCAAAAAAUGGCGUCGACUUCCUCGCGCUCCGGAUCAAAAUCGAUCCCAGUCCCGCAGACACCCGAGUCGAAACCAGACAAAUACAUCGUCAACCCGCACCACACAAUCCAUUUUCUCCGUCAUGCUUCACCCUCCGUCUUCCGUGCGAGCCCCGACUUUGGUACCACCUUCUGGUUUCGAGUAAUCGAGAACGAAGUGUUGCCCUUCGUCCCGGCUAGUCUCGCCAGCAAGAUCGAGACCGCUCGCUUGUCCGCGUUGGAGGACACCAGUUAGUUGAGCGAGCAGAAGGAUCAAGAAAAGGCGAAGAAGGACAUUGCAGACGUGGAUGGGAUGGGGAUG